AUGAAAAAAGCUGAAUGCAGCAACCAAGAAGAAAUCUGUGUCCCACCGGCCAAUCAAGCCUUUGAUCAAACUUUACGUUCCCAAUUUUCGUUGUUAGCUGUCUCCAAGGUUUCCACUCCGCUUUCCUUCCCCCUCGUCACCGGUACUUUUCCUUCCAAUUCCAAGUCUUUAAUUCUUCCAAUAUUUCUUAACUUUCAACCCAUAAUCAUUAAUGGGAUAGCUGAGUUCUGCUCCUUCAAGAUGCAAACUUUGAAAGAGAAGGUCACGGACAAGCUCUCUCGCCUCUUCGCCGAUUCUCCGCAGACUACCCCUCAUCAGUUACUAAGAGAUAGUUCUUGUCAAUCUCUACAGUUAUGGAGUUUACAAGCCACGCCAUGACCAUGUUGUUUUCGGCCUACUAAGACUCAAAAUUUGC